UUUUUAACCAAUCAAAUGUCGUAUUUGUAGUGUCCGCGUUCACGUAAAUAUUUAUGUAGAAUACUCUUUGGGGAAGAAUACGAUCAAGACAAGAAAAUCAGAUUUAGGCAAACCAUGCCGGAGAAUGAAAAUGACUGUGUUAGAGUGUGUGUUCGAUGUCGACCCCUGAAUGAAAAAGAGAAAGGACAAGGCUUUGUUCAAGUUGUGCAUGUUGACACAGUGAGGAAAAAUAUCACAGUCAAGUCAAAAGAGAGUGCCAGAGGGGAACCACCAAAGACCUAUUCAUUUGACAAUGUGUACGCACCUGAUGCCAAACAAGUGGACAUCUACAAUGAGUCUGCCAGACCAAUUGUGGAUUUUGUGCUGGAAGGAUACAAUGGCACAAUCUUUGCGUAUGGCCAAACUGGUACGGGGAAAACAUUCACCAUGGAAGGGGUGAGAGCAGUGCCAGAACUCCGUGGUGUUAUACCUAACUCAUUUGCCCACAUCUUUGGUCAUAUUGCAAAAGCUGAGGGAGACACAAGGUUUUUAGUACGGGUAUCUUAUCUGGAAAUCUACAAUGAAGAUGUCAGAGAUCUCCUUGGGAAAGACCAAAAUCAAAGAUUGGAAGUGAAAGAAAGACCAGACAUUGGUGUGUAUGUUAAGGAUCUCUCUGCUUUUGUUGUCAACAAUGCUGAUGACAUGGACAGAAUUAUGACCCUCGGAAAUAAGAACAGAAUGACAGGAGCUACUAAUAUGAACAUGCACAGUUCCCGAUCACAUGCCAUCUUCACUGUUACCAUUGAGUGCAGCGAGAAAGGUCCGGAUGGGGAGCAACACUUCCGAGUGGGAAAACUACACUUGGUCGAUCUUGCUGGUUCAGAGAGGCAAGCUAAAACAGGAGCUACGGGCCAGCGGUUGAAGGAGGCAACCAAGAUCAACCUGUCUCUAUCCACCCUUGGUAACGUCAUAUCUGCUCUCGUGGACGGCAAGAGCUCACACAUCCCGUACAGGAACUCCAAACUCACCAGACUGCUGCAGGACUCCCUGGGUGGAAAUUCAAAAACCACUAUGAUUGCCAACAUAGGUCCGGCAGACUACAACUAUGACGAGUCAAUCAGCACGCUCCGCUACGCAAACCGUGCCAAGAACAUCCAGAACAAGGCAAAGAUCAAUGAGGAUCCAAAGGACGCCCUGCUCCGACAGUUCCAGAAGGAGAUUGAAGAGCUUCGCAAGCAGCUCGAGGAUGGUGGGACAGAUGAUGAAGGGGAGUCCGGUAGUGAUGAAGAGGUCUGGGAGGACGGAGUCAAGGUCCGACGCAAGAAGAAGAAGACGACCAAAAAAGCAAAACACAUCAGCAAGGAGAAGAUGGCGGAGAUUCAGGCCAAGAUUGCAUCUGAUCGUCGUAAGCUGCUGGAACAGAAGGAUAUGGCAGAGGAGGAGAAAAACAAGGUGCAGGAGGACCUCGAGAUGAAGGAGGAAGAACUCAAGAAAUUCCAGGAUGAGCAGGAUGCGUUGGCCCAGAAGCUGGCGGCUAUAGAGAAAAAGAUCAUCGUGGGCGGUGAGAAUCUGCUGGAGAAGGCUGAGGAGCAGGAGCGGCUACUGGAGGAGAGUGCCAUCGAGCUGGAGCAACGCAAAGAGAAGGAGGACCUUCUGCGCAAACAACUCCAGGAGAAGGAGCAAGAGAGUUUGGACAUCAUGGAGAAGUAUUCUAGUCUGCAAGAAGAGAUUACUGGGAAAACCAAAAAACUGAAGAAAGUCUGGACCAUGCUUAUGCAGGCAAAGUCUGAGAUAGCGGACUUGCAGCAGGAACACCAGCGGGAGAUGGAGGGACUACUGGAGAAUGUUCGCCAACUCUCUCGCGAACUCAAGCUACAGAUGCUCGUCAUUGACAACUUCAUACCACCUGAAUAUCAGGAGAUGAUAGAGCAGCACGUAGCGUGGAAUGAUGACAUUGGAGAGUGGCAGCUGAGGUGUGUGGCCUACACUGGUAACAACAUGCGCAAACAAACACCACAGCCAGACAAGGAAAAGGACAAGGGCCUGGAACCAGACCUGACAAAUGUUUACCUGGCGUACACAGCGGAGGGGGCACAGCAGGCCAUGAAACCGAAAUCCUCCAAGACUUCACGGCCCAAGUCUGGCAGACCCAAGUCUUCACGGCCUAAAUCUUCCAGAAAGAAGCGUAAGGAACAUGAGCUGAAUGAGAUCCUGCAGUGACUUUACCACGCGGCUGUGGCCCUUCUCCUGCUGGAUGUGUACCUGUACAUCUGCUGUCAACACCUCUCUUCACUUCUCUCCCACCCCGUCCCUGCCCCACCCCCUGGCCAGCAUGGGGGUAUACACCACACAUACUACCCUCAGGACCAGCAGUUAGACUCCUGGUUGCCUGAUUACUGGAGCUCACACAAACAUACAGGGAACCAGCAGGGAAAGCCCUGUGAUCUGAUCGCCGCUCUACCCAGAAUCUCUGUCGCUGUCAUGGCCUUCUUUAUCUUCAUAUUGUGGCUCACCUCAUUUCUUUUUAUACAUCUAUUUAUUUAAACUUAUAUCGAUGUAAUUUGAACAGCCAUUAAUUUGUGCUGUACAUGUGUAUAAGAACAUGUACAAAAUGUUGUUAAUUGAGGAAAUGAUCAACGUUUAUUCACCACAUAAUGUUGAUUCGCACUUAGCAGGAAAUGCAAUGCUUGACAAUUAAAAGUUGUUAUAAUAUAUGGUUGUGAGUUUGUUAUUAUCAAGUGACUUGUAUUUAGAAAAUUUUACAUCGGUAUUUAUUAAAUGAUUACUGGGCACACCCUUGUGUACUUUCUGAUCUGUUCCUGAUUAUUUUUUUAUUUACAUGUAGCAACUGUCUAAUGCACAUUCUUGUGUAUUGAUGUAUGGGUUUUGCUAGAACAUAAUGUCAUGAACCAUCCAUUUUCAUUUCUUUACAAAUGAUUUUGUCUACUUUAUUUAUUUAAAAAAUCUGUGAUAUUUUUGUUCGUAUUAUUUUUAAUAUCACGUAUAAACAAAAAUGAUUAUUUCAGAAAUAAAAGAAUUAUCUUCGAA